AUUUUUUUUCCCUCUCUUUUUCUUUUUUUUAUAUUCUUUUUUACUUCAUUAUUACAAUAGUUAAACCAUGGCUCAACCAGGAUCUGAAGGCAUUAAAGUAGUAGAUGCUGAAAACAAUACUGCUGCUCCUACUUCUCCUUCAUCUUCUGCUAUCAAUCCGAACUUGGUACUCAACAAUGCUUUAGAUGGAUUCGCGAACCUUAGUUCCAAAUUCAAUCCUUUUGCUCAAAAACUAGGCAAAGGUUUUGGUCAAGUAAGACAAUAUGCUCAAGAACGACUUGGCACUGCUGAAGACAUCACCGAACUUCCUCAAGAGUAUAAGGAUCUAGAAAAGCGCGUUGAUGCUCUCCGUUCGGUCCAUGUGAAUCUUCUCAAAGUUGCUCGCACUUAUAAUCAACCUGCAUAUGAUUAUCCUGUACAAAUUCAAGAAACUCUUGUAGGUUUAACUGGUACUAUGGCAAGUCAAUUCCAAAAUUUGGCGUUAUCUCCUGCUGAACGUGCUCAAACAGAACAACAAGUACAACAAGACGAAGCCAAACAACAUCCCAAAACACUAUCUCAUGCGAUUUCUCGUGUUGCUGGUCAAGGUGCCGAAGCUAUUGGAGUAGAAGAACCUCUUGGAACAGCUCUGUUUAAGUUGGCCACAAUCAAUGAAAAGGUGGGUAAUGCUCGUGUCAAAAUGGAUCAAGAUAUUAUCGCCAAGUUCAAUCAACCUAUGCAAACAACCCUUGCAACAGCUAUUGAACAAGCCAACAAAGCCAGACGUAAUGUUCAAUCUGUACGAUUAUCUCUUGAUGCUUGUAAAGCUCGUUACAGAUCUGCCCGUCCUGAAAGAUCUGAUGCUGCACGAUUGGAAGUAGAACAAGCUGAAGAUCAAUUUGUCGCUGCCGUGGAAGAAGCUACUAGUUUGAUGAAGAUCGCUUUGGAAAAUCCUGAACCUCUUCGUAAUCUGGCCGAUUUUGUCCAUGCUCAAGUUAAUUAUUACAAGGAAGCACAAGAAUUAUUAUCAGAGUUAGCUCCAGAACUGGAUGAAAUUCAAGUGACUCAAGAAUCUAUUUAUCGUCAAAGUCGUGAAUAAUCUUUUUUUUUCUCUCUUAUUUUUUUUUCAUUUUAUUUUUUUUUAUUCAUACUGUUAUAUUGAACUUUUAUCUGUAUUGAUCAUAUUAUCCCCCCUUAUUUUAUUAUUAUUUUUAGUAUUUUUAUUUUUAUUAUUCUCUUUAUCUAUUCCAAGGAAAACGAAAUAUCAUGUCAAUAAAUACUUGAAAAUCAUGAUUUGAUUAAA